AUGAAGAAAUUCAAAUAUGGACAAAGCAACUCAGAUCAUACUCUGUUUUUGAAAAGGAACAAAGAUAAGAAAACAUGUCUCAUUAUAUAUGUCGAUGAUAUGAUCAUUACCAACAACGACGAAGAAGAAAUCUCCGAGCUAAAAAGGAAAUUGUUUCUAGAAUUCGAAAUGAAAGACUUGGGUAACCUCAAAUACUUUCUUGGUAUAGAGGUACUGAGAUCACGACAAGGGAUAUUCAUUCAUCAGCAGAAAUAUAUCCUUGAUCUUUUAGCUGAAACAUGGAUGAUUGAUUGCAAGCCAGCUGAAACUCCAAUCCUGACCAAUCAUGGACUUCAGAUUAUUGAAGGUGCUAAACUAGCUAAUCGAGAGCAAUAUCAGAAAUUAGUGGGAAAAACCAUGUACUUAUCUCAAACAAGACCAGACAUAGCCUAUGUAGUGGGAGUAGUGAGUAGAUUCAUGCAUUACCCAUAA